AUGGAUGAAAAUGAGGAACAGCAUCCACAACCGGAUAUAGUACUGCCAAUAGAUGUUAUUGAAUCAAAUUGCUUGUCUCAAAGAUCUUCUUUGUCCUCUAUUCUAACACAAUUCCAUGCAGGGUACUUCAGGAUUGGUUUAUCUCUCUCUAGCCAAGCCUUUUUAUGGAAGAUCCUUAUUGAGCCAAUCCAAGAUGCACAUGCUCUUAGACGCAUGUUUUCAACCAUACCCUUUUCUGCCUUAUUUCUCUUAUGGUCACUGGCCUUCUUCACACUAGUCAUACUCUCUUUUCUAUACGUUCUCAAAUGUAUGUUUCAUUUUCAUAUGGUUAAGGGUGAGUUCUUAAACCAAGUAGGGGUAAAUUACUUUUUUGUCCCCUGGAUUUCAUGGCUACUUUUGCUAGAAUCAUCACCAUUCCUCAGCCCAACCACACUAUAUUACAAAAUACUUUGGUGGGUGUUUGUUGUUCCUGUGUUGAUGCUUGAUGUGAAGAUUUAUGGUCAAUGGUUUACAAAAGGGAAGAGGUUUCUAUCAACAGUGGCAAAUCCAACAAGCCAAUUGUCUGUGAUUGGAAACUUGGUGGGUGCACAAGCUGCUGCACAAAUGGGUUGGAAAGAGAGUGCACUAUGCAUGUUUUCUUUGGGUAUUUCACAUUACUUAGUACUUUUUGUGACACUCUAUCAGAGAUUGCCAGGGAACAAUAGCCUCCCUUCAAUGCUACAACCAGUGUUCUUCUUGUUCUUUGCAGCACCAAGCAUGGCAAGCUUGGCUUGGGACUCCAUUUGUGGCAAGUUUGACACCACAUGCAAGAUACUGUUCUUCCUCUCCCUCUUCCUUUUCAUGUCCCUGGUUUCAAGGCCCCUGCUAUUUAAGAAGUCGAUGAGGAAGUUCAAUGUGGCAUGGUGGGCUUAUUCUUUUCCUCUCACGGCUUUGGCAUUGGCCUCAGCAGAGUAUGCACAAGAAGUUAAAGGAGUUGUGGCUCAUGCCAUUAUGUUUGUCUUAUCAUCAAUCUCAGCUUUGGUGUCUUUAAUCUUAAUAGUUAUCACUGCUUUCAACAUUAUGCGUGCCCUUGCUUCCUCGCAACAAAAGCAUUGUAUGACAAUGUGA